AUGCUGUCACUGCUUCUCUCUGCUGAGCUGGAAGGCGUUACUUCCCUCAAGCCCACUGACACUGAGGAGAACCCGUACUUCUACACCUUCCGCGUCAAAUGCACCGGCUGCCACGAGGAGCACCCGAACUGGGUUAGCUUCAACCGCUUUGAGCAGCAUGAGAUUCCUGGAAGUCGCGGCGAAGCCAACUUUGUGUGGAAGUGCCGUCUUUGCCAGAAAACCCACUCCGCAUCCGUCAUCGCCGGCCCCCACUCCGUCGAAAUGAAGCAGGACAAGCGCAAGGGCCAAAAGAUCAUCGACAUGGACUGCCGCGGUCUGGAGUUCACCGAAUUCAAGCCUGAUGGCGAGUGGGAGACCAAGGGCGUCGAGUCCGGGACUGCGUUCAGUGCCAUCGACCUGAUGGAGGGCGACUGGUAUGACUAUGACGAGAAGGCUGGUGAGGAGGUGAGCAUCAAGGACCUGAAAUGGGAUGUUGGCCGGGCGUGA